AGGACUGGCGCCUGAGGCGAGGGGCCCCGCGGGGGGGGCCAGGGGCCGCUGGGGGAGGCCCGCGCUGCCCCCGCCCUGCCCCCGCCCUGGUCGUCGGCGCUGGUCGUCGGCGCUGAGGUGAGCACCGGCAUCGGGGGACUUGUCAAGCGCUGCCGGGGGUCCAGGCCCGGGACCCAGCGCUGAGGGCGCCCCCGGCGCUGGCCUCGUCGUCCCCCGGGGGAGGUGCCAUGGAGUUCCCCGAGCACAGCCAGCAGCUGCUGCAGAGCCUCCGGGAGCAGCGGUCGCAAGGUUUCCUCUGCGACUGCACGGUGCUGGUGGGCAGCACGCGGUUCCUGGCCCACCGGGCCGUGCUGGCCUCCUGCAGCCCCUUCUUCCAGCUGUUCUACAAGGAGCGGGACCUGGACAAGCGGGACCUGGUCUGCAUCCACAACGAGAUCGUCACCGCCCCCGCCUUCGGCCUGCUCCUGGACUUCAUGUACGCGGGGCGGCUGGCCCUCCGGGGCGACACGCCCGUGGAGGACGUGCUGGCCGCCGCCAGCUACCUGCACAUGAACGACAUCGUCAAGGUCUGCAAGCGGCGGCUGCAGGCCCGGGCCCUGGCCGAGGCCGACAGCACCAAGAAGGAGGAGGAGCCCGGCCCGGCGCCGCGCCCGCCGAGCUCCGAGUUCCUGCCCGGCGCUUCCCGGGGGCCCCCGCCGCCCCCGCCCGAGCCCCCGUUCCGGAGGAGCAGGGAAGAAUGGAAGAGCUCGGCGCCCCCCCUCCCCGCCGUCCCGCCCCCUCCCGAGGAGCCCCCGGUCCCCGACGGGGCGGACACCACCCAGCCGGGCAUGGAGGGCGACCCUCCCCACCUCCGGGCCCCCCAGCCGCCGCCCCCGCCCCCGGCCGAGGCGUCCCUGUCCAGCCCCAGCAGCUCCACGGAGACCCUCCCCGCCGGCUACUUCCCGCCCGGCCUCGCGACGGCCUCGGCCGAGGCCCCGGGCCCUCCGGAGAUGGGGCCGGAGAGCCUCGGCGGGGCGGAGCCGCGGGCCAGCGGGGGGCCCCCGGAGGGCUUCUACCACCCGCCGCCGGGCCGGGCCGAGGCGGAGCGGGUGCAGGUGAAGGUCGAGGCGAUCGUCAUCUCGGACGAGGAGCCGGACGGCCCCGAGGACGGGCCCCGGGGGGCCGAGGGGCCGUUCGCGCCCGGCGGAGGGGUCUGCGGGGGCCGCCACCCCCCGGCUGAAGCUUUCGAGGAGAGCGGAGGCCCGGGCCUGGACGAGGUGGGCCCGGCCGACCACUUUCUGCCCCCCGACCCUCACCUGCCCUACCACCUGCUGCCGCCGGGCCCCGGGCAGUACCACCCGGGGCUGGCGACGCCCCCGCCGCCGGCCGCCGGCGGCCUGCACGAGCCCCUCUACCUGCCGCCGGAGUACGAGGUGGCCCCCGGGGGCUUCGGCGUCUUCGCCGAGGACGUGCCGACCUGCAAGACCUGCGGGAAGACCUUCUCCUGCUCCUACACGCUGAGGCGGCACGCUACGGUGCACACGCGGGAGCGGCCCUACGAGUGCCGCUACUGCCUGCGCAGCUACACCCAGUCGGGGGACCUCUACCGUCACAUUCGCAAAGCUCACAACGAAGACCUGGCCAAACGCAGCAAGCCCGAUCCCGAAACCGCCCCCUCCUAGGGCCCUCGCAGCCCGCCCCCGCCCCCCUCCCCGGGCUUCAGACCGACCCAGAUGCUCGGGGCCGGUGGGGGGGGACCGGCGCCGGAGACUUGGCACUUGACCCCCGGCGCCCGCUCGGGGGACGCGCCCCGGUACUGCCCUCUCUGAGGGGGCGGCGGGAGGGUCGCCCCUCGAUGCUGCCCGGAAGAAUGGGGGGCGGGGGCUGACGCCGGUACUUCCGGACUCCCUCCCCCCCCCCCCCCGCUCCCCUUAUCGUCCUUGUUUGUGGGAGGGAGGGGAGGGUGGAGGUGGGGGUGAGAAGGGGCAGGCGCGGGAUGCCGUCCCGAGGAGCGGGUCACCCUGAAGCGGUGGGAUGCUGAGCCGGGGCCCCGUCUCCACCUGCCCUCUCUCGAUGCCGCAGAAGGCCCCGGGGACGGAGGAGUCCAAACGUCAGGGCGCGAUCUCCCUCUCGCUGCUGACUCUCUAGGUGCCCGACCCCCCCCUCACUGCCAUCCGUCCCUCACCGGGCACGUGGCCUAUCCUUACCGCCCACCCCGGGCCCCGGUUCUGUUUCAGGCUCGUGGUUCGAAGGGUAAAAGCGGAGCUCUCUCCGAGCCGGCAUUUCCGGGGGUCCCCGUGGCCGACGUCCGCUUCCGAUCCCGAAUCCCCCUCAGCCAGACCUCCCGAGGGUGGGGGCGUCCUGAUCUCUGGGGGUCGACCUCUCGAGGAGCGGAAGCGGGAAGAGCGGGCAAGCGGAUUGGUCAGGGAGAAAGAGCCGGAGGUCACUCUCGCUAGGGAGACGUGAAAACGGAUGGAUGGUGAGCCCUGGGACGGAGGGUCCGUGUAUCUGGUUCCUGGGCUUGGCCCGUAGAGAGCGCUUAAAUAAAUACCGUAACCAUUAAAGAUCAGUCACCCGGGUAAGUAGAGGCAUAUGUUUUAAUCGGGACGGCUGACGGGUCGUUUAGGGUAAGUAUUGAACGGGCAGGUCUACCCGCUUCGACCUUUAAAAGGUCUCCGUGACUCGGUCACAGGGAGAUGGGCAGCCACAGGGGACGUGGUUAUGGAGUAGCCCUGCGGGCCCUUCCCCCGCGGUCGGCCCCGCCUCAACCAACUGCUCCCGAAACGUGCCCCGCGGGAGGAAAUACCAGCCCAGUGAGAACGUUAGGGUUCUUGCAACGCCUGACCUGGUUCUACGUUGCAGAUGUUUAUUGACGGUGUAAUAAUUCUGCCUGCGUGGAGUGUACGGGAAUUUGAAUGCGAAGAUUUGAAUGCACGGGGAACGAGGUGGCAGAGGCCCGGGAUGAGGAGUAGGGCGGGGGUGGUCGGUCUUGCGGCUGGCGAGCCGCACGUAGCCGUUGACUCGUGCGUCUCGCGCCGGGGGGCCUGAUGGUUGAUCAUUUGGCCGCGGGGGCCCGCCUGGGCCAGGGAUGGGGGCCGGGCCCUGCCACGGGUAUGUCUUGCCCACCUGCCACUCACCAUCCCCACCCCCCGCUCCCACACACAGCUCCCGGGAACACCCGUUCACCCACCCGGUUGAAGACAUUUUUUGACCUGUGGUUCCUGCCGUAUUAUGAUUUUGGCGUGUGGCUCUUCGGCUCGGCCUUCCCUGGCACACGACUCGGUGGAAGGACCGGGGGCUGUCGACGCGAGCCGAGAGUGGGACCAGCAGGAGGAAGGGGGUUAUUGACGGGAGAAAAGCUGGGAUUCUGUGGCCAAACGGGGGCGGCCCGACGGGCUUUUAUUCUUUCCCCGGUACCACGGCCCCUGUCCCUUUUCUUUCCUCCCUCAACUCAGGGAGAGGAAUGAAACCCCGGGCCAACGGUUUGAGGAAAGAAAGGCUAACGGGCGGACGGACAGAAAGACCGUUCCGUCUUAAACCCUGCGACUCUUCUUCUCUGCCCCUUCUCAGGCACAGCCGAGGAAUAGGCUCCCCGUUCUGAGUCCUCUCUGUUCCAGAAGAGGAGCAGGGUGAGGUGGAGACGGAGGCGGGGAGUUUCGCAGAGAGCAGGUUGAGGAUUUGUGGUUGAGAGGUGACCCUCCCCCAUCCCCGUGACCGGAGUAAGUGGGGGCACGGAGACGUAGAUCCUCCAGGGCCCUCUGAUGCCAGAGGAUUCCCCAGAUGAGAGACGCCGGCUCUAUGGGGACAAAGGGUAGUCCAAGGAGGUGAGGAAACCCCUCUCCCCAAAUGCUUCUGGGCAGGAUAGGCAGCACGUCGGAGCUGUCGGUGGUGCCAAGAUGGUUUGGAUUUUGGAACCUGGCAGCCUUUCUCUCAUUCCUGCCCAGGGCCGGGACCUGAGGCUCGGCUCUCCUUCGCUCCUGGGUGUCUCCCCCCCGUCCCGUCCCGGGGCAGACUUUACUGACUGGGGCUACUCCCGAAUGUCCGUGAGAGGGUAAGUACCCCCGAGGAGCAGCGUGGCCUAAUGGAGAGUGCACGGGGCUGGGAGUCGGGAGACCCGGGUUACAAUCUUGUUUCCACCACUUGCCUGCUGUGUGACCUAAUAAUAAAUGUGGUAUUUGUUAAGCGCUUA